AUGGGAUACCUUCCUAAGUCAUCUUCAAUCCUGAUUGUAGGAACAGGAACCUUUGGCCUCAGCACAGCCGUCCACCUAGCCCGACGCGGCUUCACCAAUAUCCAAUGUCUAGAUCGGUACCCAUUCCCGUCGCCCGACUCGGCCGGGUACGACAUCAACAAGAUCAUCGGCAUGCGCAAUGACACGGCUCUGGCUGCACGAGUCAGUCGGGAAGCUCUGGCUGGUUGGCAAGAGCCUCUGUUCGAGUCAGUAUGGCACGAAGUCGGCCUGAUUACAGCCGCCACGAAUGAUGAGGCCGUAGAGUAUUGUCGACGAGCAUACCACAGCUGGAUUGACUGUGGCGAAGGUGACAAUGUGCACUGGCUCGAAUCGGCGGACGAUUUCAGGAAAUUUGUUCCCCAGCUCCGUGACGCCUGGAUACCGAAGUGGCGUGGCUUCUUCCACAAGCGAGCGGGUUGGGCGUACGCCAGAGAGGCGUUGAGGAUUAUGGGUAACGAAGCUGCGAGGUUAGGAGUCAAUUUUGCAACCGGGACGUCGGCCACGAUGCAGUCGCUAUUGCUGGAUGACCAACAGGGGGUCAUUGGCGUGGUCGCCGAGGAUGGUACGCAGUGGAAUGCCGACCGUAUCGUCCUGUGCACGGGAGCGUGGAGCGACGCUUUGAUUGAUACCGAGGGCCAGCUCGAAGCGAAAUGCUGGACAUUAGCUCAUAUACAGCUCACACCCGAAGAAUGUGCCGAAUUUAAGGAUAUACCGGUAGUGAUGAAUUUGGAAGAAGGCUUCUUCUUCGAACCCAGUGAUGAUGGUCAGAUCAAAAUCUGCAACGAAUUUCCCGGCUUCACUCACAGACUCACAUUACCUGAUGGUAGCAAACAAGUCAUCCGCGAUCCCAGCCCCGAAACCCUGGAGACACCAUACCACAUCAGUCGCGGACCGUUCGUCACUGAGAAGAUGUGCUGGUGUACCGACACGCAUGAUCGAAAUUGGCUGCUCGAUGUACACCCGAAGCAUCCUCGGUUGCUUGUCGCGACCGGGGACUCUGGAGUUGCAUUCAAGAUGCUGCCCGUCAUGGGCAAAUACAUAUCUGAUCUGGUGGAAGGCAAAUCACUGGAUCCGAUGCUGAAGGAGGCGUGGAAAUGGCGGCCGGACAAAAAGAGUCGUGACCAACGAUGGGGUGGCGAUGGAAAGACGCGUGAUCUGAAUGAUAUGGAUGGUUGGAAGGCUGGAGAUUCAAAGCAAGAGCUCCUUAUAUCGCCGAGGGAGUCGAAAUUGUGA